AUGAUGUGCUCGCUGCGGCCCGUGGUCCUGCUGGCCCUGCUGGUCCUGCUGGUGGGGCUGCCAGCGGCCCGGGACCCCCGGGAACCGGACGUGUUCUGUGGAGCGUGCAGGGCUCUGAUGGACGAAGUGGAGUACGACGUCACCAAGGCUCGGCAGGAGAAGACCAAGGUGGGCUCCUUCCGAAUAAAUCCUGACGGGACGCAGGAGAGGAGAAAGAUUCCCUUAGCCCAGUCGGAGGCAUUCCUCGCAGACCUCCUGGACAAAGUGUGCGAGCGGAUGAAUGACUACAGACUCGAAGAAGACCCCGUGACGAAGGAGAAGACUUUCAAGAGAUUUGCUCCGAGGAAAGGAGACAAAAUAUACCAAGAAUUUAAAGAAUUCUAUUUUUAUUCAGAUGCUUACAGACCGUUGAAAUUCGCGUGUGAGACUAUAAUAGAAGAGUUCGAAGAUGAAAUAUUUUCGCUUAUCACCCAGGAGGCACACCAGCUCGCUGACGCACUGUGCGGUGGAAAGUCAGGUCUGUGUGAAACAUCCACUAAGCAUACUGAACUCUAG